AUGCUCCAAAUCCCCAGAUCACAUUUCACCAAUAUGCCCGACAUCAAAUUCUUCCAUGCGCCCGGCGCCUGCAGCCUCGCACCGCACAUCCUCCUCCACGAGGCAGGACUCCCAUACGAGCCUCUGCUAAUCCAAUACAACGGGACUGAAAUCCAGUUCUCUCCCGAAUACAAGAAUCUGAACCCCAAAAUGCGUGUCCCGGUCAUUGUCGUCGACGGCGAAGUCAUCACCGAACUCCCCGCCGUCUGCACCGUCAUCUCCCAACUUGCGCCGGCCAAGAAUUUCAUGGGCAAGACACCACUUGACACGGUUCGGGUAUACGAAUGGAUGAACUAUCUCUCCGGGACUGUCCACUCUGCCGCGUUUGGGCAUUUGUUCAGGCCGUGGCGGUGGACGACAGAUCCGGAUCCCAAGGUGCAUCAAGGGAUCAAGGACAAGGCGAGGGAGAAUGUCAUACAAGCCUUUGCGUACAUUGAGAGCAAGCUGCAACGGGAAUACGCCGUUGGCGAAGAGCUGACUGCUGUCGACGCGUUUUUGUAUCCGCUGUAUCGCUGGGUUGGCAAGAGGGACAUUGAUCUUAGCGUGUACCCCAAGUAUACCGCUCUGGUUGAAGCGCUGGAGAGGAGGGACUCUGUGCAGGCUGUCUUGAAGGCGGAAGGUAUCAAGGCUGUGCGAGAUCUCGAAAAGAUCGAAUAG